AGUCUACCUACGUCGUCUUACAUACACGACAGCUGAUAUUUCAGAAAAAGUGUUUUUAAGUUUCUAUUAUGAAUUUUUCGUGAUAGAAAAAGUUUGAAUCAUGAAGAUGAUAGAAACGCUGAACGAAAACACAAUUCCAAUAAGGAAGAAACCAAUUGUAAUCGCAAUUGCUGUGUGUACAAUUUCCAUCCUUAUUUCCUUAUUUAUCCAUAAUUAUUUGAGAAAUAAGUCACAAAAGUUCCUUCUACCACGCGACAGUGAUAUCAGGAUACAUUACGAUCCAAUAGGAAUAAAGAUCGUAGAUAAAAAGCCGAAGAAGGCACCUGUUGAAGAAAAUAUUGUUGAGGCUGAAAUCAAUCUUAAGGCUGCUCUUGAAUUAAAGCGAACUGGGAAAUAUGAAAAAGCUCUUAAAGUGUUUCAGCACUCGCUUGCCCUGUCACCAAAUCACCCAUCAAUUCUCACAGAAUAUGGAAUUUUCCUCGAAUUAUAUCGACAUGACAUUAUUCAAGCUGACAGUUUUUAUUUCCGAGCUUUGACUUACGAUCCAAAUUAUCAAAGAGCAUUAACCCAGCGACAAAGAACAGCAAACGUUGUUCAAGGCAUCGAUGAAGAACGAUUGAGAAGAUUAGAUGAGAAACGAGAUCUUUUAUCUCAAGUUGACACUAACAGCGCUGCGAUGAAGAGAGCUACUAAGGAAGCUUACAUUCUUCACAUUUAUCAUUCAGUUGGAAUUGAAGGCAACUCAAUGACACUUUCCGAAACUCGAAGUGUUUUAGAGACGAGAAUGGCAGUUAGUGGCAGAAGUGUGGAUGAACAUAACGAGGUUCUAGGACUCGAUUCAGCAAUGAAAUAUGUUAAUGCGUCACUUGUUAAAAACAAUUACAUAACGCUUGAGGAUAUUUUGGAGAUUCAUAAGCGAGUAUUGGGACAUGUUGAUCCGAUAGAAGGCGGCAUCUUUCGUCGAACUCAAGUCUAUGUUGGAAAUCAUAUUCCUCCGAAACCACAAGAAGUUCAAAUCUUAAUGGAUACAUUCGUUGAGUGGAUGAACUCAAAAGAAGCAAGUGAACUUCAUCCGAUAAAAUUAGCAGCGAUUGCUCAUUAUAAACUUGUUCAUAUUCAUCCAUUCACUGAUGGAAAUGGAAGAACUUCGAGACUGCUCAUGAAUACGAUUUUGAUGAGAUUCGGAUUUCCGCCUGUUGUAAUUCAAAAGCAGCAAAGAUUGCAAUACUACAAUUAUCUACAAAUGGCAAACGAAGGUGACAUUAGACCUUUCAUACGAUUUGUUGCUGAAGCAACAGAGAAAACUUUAGAUUUGUAUCUUUGGGCGACAAGUGAAUUGCCCUAUCAAGUUCCACUAUUAGCGCAAGCUGAAACUAUUGAAGCACAUUCACCAACAAUAUCAAGUGGUCUUGAAGAUGAUUUAUCAGGAAGUGGCGGUGACGGUGACGCCAUUCGUCUUUGAACGCAUCAAAUACCUUUAAGAAUUGUGAUUUCUAAUUUAUUCCAAAUGAUUUUCUGAGAAAAGAAAUGUUUAAGAAUAAUAAAAUAUAAGGUUUAUUUAUUUUGUUAUCAAAA